UCUGGGAUAGAGGAUGGAAACUCUUGUCAUACGGAUAAAGCGGGUCCCGACGGCCAGUCAGCGCGCGCGAGCGGGCCAACAGACCAACCAACGGCCGAAGCUGCCCACUCCGGCAAGCAACCGGCCGUGGCCUCCGGCGUCCGAUCGCCAUCCCUUCCCUUCAAAGCCACUGCUUCCUCGCCGUGGCGGCUUCGCCUACUUAAGCGCGCGCCUCCGCUGCUCGUACACUCACUCGCCUGUCGCCUCCAUCUUCCUCAGCCGCUUGCUGCCGGCUGUGGGGUUCAUGACACACGGACUACAUUAGUGUUCUUUACAAGAUGACGCGUAUGGGUCCCAAACAAGUGCUCGUUCCUACCGUCUCAUUCUUGCUGCUCCUGUUCUGCCUUGGAUGCAAAUGCCGAGCAUCAGAAUUAGAGGCGACACAGAAUGCCACCCUCAAGGUUGAUGCCUCGUCACAGCUUGCCCGAAAGAUCCCAGACACACUGUUUGGGAUGUUUUUUGAGGAGAUCAACCAUGCAGGAGCCGGUGGCAUAUGGGCAGAACUUGUUAGUAAUAGAGGUUUUGAAGCCGGGGGACUCCAUACGCCAUCAAAUAUUGACCCAUGGUCUAUAAUCGGAGACGACGCUUCCAUAUUUGUGGCGACUGAUCGUACAUCAUGUUUCAGUCGAAACAUCAUCGCUCUUAGGAUGGAGGUUCUCUGUGAUGAAUGCCCAGCCGGUGGCGUUGGCAUUUACAACCCUGGGUUCUGGGGCAUGAACAUAGAAGAUGGAAAGACAUACAAUCUUGUAAUGUAUGUUAAAUCAGCAGAAGCUGCAGAUUUGACAGUUUCAUUAGCAAGCUCUGAUGGGUUGCAGAAGCUCGCUUCAGUUACUGUACCGUUAGUAUCGUUUAUCUCAAUAUCUGGUAAGGAGGAGGACGACAAUAUUUCCAUUAGUUUAUGGGAUAUUUUUUGUUUCAGAGUCGCUGGCACUUCCAACUGGACAAAAGUGGAGCAAAAACUGAUAGCUAAAGGGACAAACAGAACGUCAAGACUUCAGAUAACAUCUAACAAGAAGGGAGUUGUAUGGUUUGAUCAAGUAUCACUCAUGCCAUCAGACACGUUCAAGGGACAUGGUUUUCGCACCGAAUUGAUAUCCAUGCUUUUGGAUCUAAAACCACGAUUCUUGAGAUUUCCUGGUGGUUGCUUCGUUGAAGGCGAAUGGUUAAGAAAUGCAUUCAGGUGGAGGGAAUCUAUUGGUCCAUGGGAAGAGAGGCCUGGACACUUCGGAGAUGUUUGGCAUUACUGGACUGACGAUGGCCUUGGAUAUUAUGAGUUUCUUCAGCUUUCUGAAGACCUGGGGGCUGCUCCAAUCUGGGUAUUCAACAAUGGAAUCAGCCACAAUGAUGAAGUUAGUACCGCUGCCAUUGCCCCUUUUGUAAAGGAUGUAUUGGACAGUCUAGAAUUCGCAAGGGGGAGUGCAAACUCAACAUGGGGCUCUGUUAGAGCUGCAAUGGGGCAUCCUGAACCGUUCCCAGUCAAAUAUGUUGCAAUUGGAAAUGAAGAUUGUGGGAAAAAAUACUACCUCGGUAAUUACCUCAAGUUCUACAAUGCUAUAAGAGAAUCCUAUCCAGACAUUCAGAUGAUUUCAAACUGUGAUGGUUCAUCUAAACCACUUGACCAUCCUGCUGAUUUGUAUGACUUCCAUGUCUACACCGAUUCUAAGACUUUGUUUAACAUGAAGGGUACGUUUGAUAAAACUUCUCGUACUGGUCCCAAGGCCUUUGUCAGUGAGUAUGCCGUAUGGAGAACUGAUGCAGGUAGAGGAAGCCUUCUUGGUUCACUAGCAGAGGCUGCCUUCCUUACUGGACUGGAGAAGAACAGUGAUAUUGUUCAGAUGGCAAGUUAUGCACCACUCUUUGUAAACGACAAUGAUCAAACGUGGAAUCCGGAUGCUAUCGUCUUCAACUCCUGGCAACAAUACGGAACUCCUAGUUACUGGAUGCAGAAGUUUUUCCGCGAAUCUAGUGGUGCCAUGAUUCAUCCAAUUACAAUCAGUUCCAGCUACUCUGGUUCUCUAGCAGCAUCUGCCAUCACCUGGCAGGAUUCCAGGAAUAGCUUCCUGAAAGUAAAGAUUGUGAACUUCGGGUCGGACACCGUGAGCCUCACGAUCUCUGUGUCCGGGCUUCAGGCUAGCAUCAACGCGCUGGGGUCAAACGCUACUGUUCUCACGUCCAGCAAUGUGAAGGAUGAAAAUUCUUUCAGUAACCCGAACAAGGUCGUGCCCGUGACAAGCCAGCUGCAAAACGCAGCGGAACAGAUGCAGGUCACGCUCGCUGCGCACUCCUUCUCCUCGUUCGACCUUGCGCUUGCUCAGUCCGAGCUUGUUGCGGAGAUGUGAAGCAGCUACACGGUGUUAGCGACGCGUGGAAACACGACAAAUACACGAGGCCUGAUAUGGAAAUGGAGGAGGUUGUCAGUAAUUAUGCUUAUAUCUUGAUAAAGCACUCACUGUACAGUGUAACAAAGAGGAGAUACUCAUACAUACAGCAGUACUAAAUAAAGUCCAUAUCAGGCUGAUUUGCAGUUAA